CGAUUCCCCGUUCCUAUCCUGGUGUAAGAAGAUGGGCUUGGAGCUCAACUCAAAGGUACACAUCAGUAUGCACGGCACAGUAUCACAGUAUGGAAUGCUGGCCCAUGAGGACAUUUCAACUGGGGAGCUUCUUUUCAAAAUUCCUAGAUCUGCUCUUCUGUCCCAGCACACAACAAGAAUUUGUGAUUUACUGGAAAAAGCUCAAGAAAGUCUUCAGUCUCGCUCAGGCUGGGUCCCCCUUCUCAUUUCUCUCCUGUAUGAAGCCACAGAUGUUAGCUCAUCAUGGCACCCCUACUUCGCUUUGUGGCCUGAUUUGACUCCACCUGACCUACCCAUGUUUUGGUCAGAGGCUGAGCAAACACAACUUCUGAAGGGCACAGGAGUGCCUGAAGCAGUUAGAAGGGACAUGGAAAACAUGGAAAAGGAAUAUAACUCCAUAGUCUUGCCCUUCAUCAAGAAGCACCCAGAUACGUUUUGUCCUGAGAAACACGCAUUUGACCUAUAUAAGAGAUUGGUGGCUUUCGUUAUGGCAUACAGUUUUCAGGAGCCGAUGGAAGAAGAGGAGGAGGAUACGGGGAAGGAAGUGUUCCCACCAAUGAUGGUUCCUGUGGCCGACCUGCUCAAUCAUAUUGCACAGCACAAUGCACGUUUGGAGUUUACACCUGAAUGCCUCCGGAUGAUCUCUAUUAGCCCCAUACAUGCUGGUCAAGAAGUGUUUAACACUUAUGGGCAGAUGGCUAACUGGCAGCUCUUGCACAUGUAUGGAUUCACUGAGCCACAUCCUCAGAACUGCAAUGAAACAGCAGACAUCCGUAUGGUCACACUAAAAGAGGCUGCACUGCAAGGAGCAGUAUCAGAGGAGAGAGUGCUUGUUCAGGAAAAAUGGGACUUCCUGUGUAACAUGGAGAUGGUUAGUGAAGAAGGAGCCCUUGUAUUUGGUUGUAGUGAGGUGAUGACAGAUGAAGAGGUGAAAACUUGUCUGAAGGUGCUCUGCAUGUCUGCAGAAGAAUUUGCAGAAUACAAGGACAAUGAAGGCUGGGAGGAAGAUGAGGAUGAAGAGGAGGAAACCAUGACAAUUCAGGACAUUGCUUAUUUACCAAAAUCUUGGCGUAAGGUCCUCCAUGGCAGUGCCAAGCUUACUCUUGAAGAUUAUGCUACAGACUUUACAACUGACCAAGAGUUGCUUAAUGAUCGUACAGCUUAUGCCAAACUGAGCCCAAGGGCACAUAAUUCUCUGCAGGUGCGAUAUGGGCAGAAGAGGAUUUUACAUCAGGUCAUGGAACUAUCGGGGAAAUGAACAACUUGGAACCAGGGACAUAACAGGAUAAUUACAUGGUAUUACUAUUUUAAAGGGACAGUCUACUCCGGAAUUUUUAUUGUUUAAAAAUAUAGAUAAUCCCUUUAUUACCCAUCCCCCAGUUUUGCACAGCCAACACUGUUAUAUUAAUAUACUUUUUAGCUCUGUGAUCACCUUGUAUCUAAGCCUCUGCAGACUGCCCCCCCCCCCCACUUAUUUCAGUUCUUUUGACAGGCUUGCAUUUUAGCCAAUCAGUGCUGACUUUUGGUAACUCCACGGGAGUGAGCACAAUGUUAUCUAUAUGGUACUAGCGCUGUCUAGCUGUACAAAAAAAAAAGGACUUAGAAAUUAGCAUAUGAACCUACCUAGGUUUAGCUUUGAACAAAAGCAAAUGUGACGGUAAAGGCAAAUUGGUAAGUGGUUUAAAAGUUACAUGCCCUAUCUGAAUCAUGAAAAUGUUAUUUUGGUUAGACUGUCCCUUUAAUUGUAAUACAUUUGACUGUAUAACUAGUGAUAUAGAGUCGGUAUCACUGCAAAUUUCAGCUUUCAAAUUAUGAAUAUGGACAUUUCAAUUUUAGAAGAAUAUAAAACUGUCUUUUAUAAACUUAAUGAAUACGUAGCACAAAUGCAAAUCCAGGUUAAUUACCAAGGUAAUUGAUAACUUGUUUCCAGGGAUGUAAAAUUCCUGAUAUUUAUGUUUACUGUAGAUAUUUGACCCCUACAAUAAAUUACUGAUCAUCUCAAA